GAAUCAUUCAAUACAGACCUAUUUUGAUCAGUCAAAACGAAAACAAAAUCAAUCAAAAUGUUCAAAUUGGUGGUAUUGUCUGCUCUCCUCGCCGUAGUUGCUGCUCGUCCCGGUCAUUUGGAAACACCCCUUUACUAUUCGGCUCCCACAGUCACCGUGCAAGAAUCAUCCCUGGCCCAUGUUGGCAACAUUGUAAAGAGUGUGCCCUCUGCUGUGUCGCAUCACAGUAACAGUGUUGUACAUAGCUCAGCCCAUGUGGUGGAGGAUGUUGUUGCUCCUGCUGUCAAGCACUUCCUACACCACAAAAACUUGGCCACUCCCGUUGUUGAGACUUAUGCUGCCGCAGCUCCUGUAGUGCACACCUAUGCUGCUGCCGCUCCUGUGGUUCAAACUUAUUCUGCUGCUGCUGCUCCCAUUGCCCAUACCUAUGCUGCUGCUCCUUUGGCUCACACCUAUGCUGCUCUGCCAGCCGUUACCAGCUAUGCUGCCUCAGCUCCUUUGACCUAUACAGCCACUGGAGUUUGGUAAACUGUUUCAGGGAUAUCCAUGGGCUUAGUUUAAGGAUAAAGUGUUUCGAAAAAUGAUUUUGGCGACUGUGAAAAUUUAUGUUGGAGGAGUUGUGAAGAAGAUUUGUUACAAAAAGUUAAAUGUUUUUA